ACCUACAGACUUUAUCCACCAGUUCCACUUACUCUACGACAGACAAUACAUGACGAUGAGAUAGGGGGAUAUUUUGUUCCCAAAGGAACCGUUAUUACGAUUAUACCACCCUAUAGGUACUAUGAGAAUUCAAGGUACUUACAAGAUCCUUUAAAAUUUGAUCCGGAUAGAUGGGACAACUCAGCUAAGAAUAUCAGUCCAUAUAUUAAUUUAUCAUUCCUUAGAGGUCCUCGAACUUGUAUUGGCUCGAAGUUUGCAGAAACUGAACUUAAAUGCGUUCUAUCUUUACUAUUAAGUCAUUUCUCUUUCCGUGCUGUUCCAAACUUGCCCGUUAAAAGAAAGUUA